AUGACUGUGUUUUGGAGAGCAAUUGGAUUCGAAGUUCAUCAGAGUAAACAUGGACGGCAACCUUCUACCGACAGACAUGGCAGUGAUAAAGUUUGCCUGUACGCGGUCGAUCCGGCGGUAAUCAAGGAGAAUGUCGGAACAAACAUUGAGAUUUUGGUUUUGCUUAAAAACAAAGGGGGUUGUAAAAGUCACGAACGUUGCGGCCUGAGAAGCGCCAACCAAAUUGUGUGUUGGAGUCAUUGGGUCUUGCUUUUCUACCCACAUCUCAGUCAAUCGAGUUAUAGUGCUCUUGGACUUUACAUAUCAGCAAUUUCGGUUUCCAAUAGAGCUUCGGCGCCAUUAUGGAUACCACGAGUAUUGUAUAAGUUGAUGGAAUGGUUGGGGAAGAUGGAGAAAACUGAAAACUUCACAAUGGAGAGGAAAAAGCUCUUUCAACUGAAUUUUAGGGCAUGUCUUAUGUUUGCACAAUCUAUGAUUCUAGAUAUUAGUCCCGGGAGACCGUGUAUUUGGUCACAGUCCAGGUCAUCUGCGUACACCACCACGUGGCCGCUUGAAAAAGUUCCGAUUGGGGGCAGGCGGCCCAUGCAUGGCCGACCCGUACCAAGAGAGUCCACGGGCUCGUUCGGCAAUGAGAUCCCAGACAUCCCGUCGUAUGAUAAAAUGCACGCUAUGGCAUACAAGGAGGCCCCAAGAUGUUCCGGGAGAACCUUCUUUGGAUGCUUCACCUGA